AUGGGUGCAGAUGAAGGACCUAGCUCAAAGAACGUGCAAAGUGCAGACUCCAAUUCCGUGGGUAUUGCAAAUGAUAUUGCUACUGUUUUAUCUUCAGACGAAGAACAUGAAGAUGAUUCAUUAUUGAGGCUAGCACAACAAGCACAGCAUAGAAAAUUAAGCCAACGGGAUUUUGCAAUUGAGCACGAAAGUCAUCCCGAAUUGGAGAUUGAUGAAAUUCAAGAAGAUCACGAGGAUAUCAAUAUGGAUCUUGAGGAAAAUACGAGUCAUGGUAAUGUGGUUUUUGAAACAGAGCAGUAUGUUGAUGAUUCAAGUGAUGAUGACGAAGAAGAUGAAAGUGAAAGCGAUGAAGAGGAUGGAGAAGACGAAGAGGAAGAGGAAGAAGAGGAAGAGGAAGACGAGGAAGAAAACCUCUAUGAUAUGCUUCCGGAGCUAGGCUCUCGCGAAACAACUGAUUUUUUACGCCGCUUGAUUGGUGUAGGAGAAGGUGUUGAUAAUAAUAAUAGAGACGAGCAUUUUGUAAAUAACCGCACAGAAUCUGAAAAUGCCGGCAAUCGUGAUAAUGAAAGAAUAAGUGGUGGAGAUGCUGACACCGAGCAAGAAGAACCACGAGCUGGUUUCUUACGUGCUUUUGGAGAAUUAUCGAACGCAAGAAAUGAGACAAGUGGCGGUCCUGUUCCAUCCAAUUUUAUGGCUGUUAUGCAAAGGCUUAUGGGUGAUGGUAUGAUGUUUGGAAGUGGUGGAGGUUUUGGCAGUAGCAUGGGUAGCGAGAGUUCUGAAAUUGAAUCUUUAAUCAAUAAUUUGGAACAACGCGAUGACACUUAUAUUGUGCUCGAAUCAUUAAACCAACUCUCGGAAAGACUACUUAUGAUGAACGGUUUGACUGCAGAGAGACUUAUCCCAGCAAACAAGCUUGCCAAAUCCAUCAUUCAAAUCAUGGAGGAUCCCAAGUUGGCCGAAGAGUUGGAACUCCACCUUGUUGCUUGUCGAUGUCUAUAUAACUUUCUUGAAGUAAAUCAGGACUUUAUUCACGAUGCAUUAAACAACAAUGCGAUACCUGCAUUAUGCAAUAAGCUUAUGGAAAUUACAUACAUUGACUUGACUGAACAAGCCUUGCAGACUUUGGAAAUGAUAUCACGAGACCCAAUCUCACAUAAUAGCAUAAUCUCAAACCAAGGCUUGUCCGCAUGUCUCCAAUACCUCGAUUUCCUAACAGUACAUGCACAACGAAAGUGUUUGAGUAUUGUCUCAAAUUCGUGCACAAACAUAAGUAUCGCUAAUCACGGACGUGUUAAAGAAGCAUUCCACUCUAUAACUGAGGUUGUUAGAAGUCAUACAGACUCUAACGUCGUUGAAAAUGCGUGGAUCUCAGUAUCAAGAAUUAUAAACAGUUUUAAAAAUAAUCCUGAGUUGCUAGAUCAAUUAUUUGAUGGACGAGAAGAUUUUUUGAAGGAACUUACAGAGGUGAUUAUUCUUAGUUCUAACAAGUCGCUGAAUACAAGCUCAAGCUCAAACUCAAACUCAAACUCAAGCUCUGGAUCCAAUUCAAACACAAAACCAAGUUCUAAUUCAUCCAAAGUUGCUGUUUCCUUUGCAUCUUGUUUAAGCCUCAUCAAAAGCUUAAUCAUUCUUGCUAGUGUCAGUGUCAAUAUCUCACAAACCCUCAUUGUCUACUGCAGAAUUGAUAAGGUUAUUGUUCAACUGCUAAGCAAAUAUGAAAAAACAAGAUCAAAUAUUGAUCAAGAAUGUGCUUCCCUAUCUGUUCAAGCUUUGAUGGCUGCCCCAAAGGAUUUAGUUGCAAAUUUCCUUACUUUGAUUGGCUACCUUUUGCCAGUCACAUAUCUGCCACACGAUUCAUUAUUUAAUUUUAAUUCAAGAAUUGAAGAGAGCCCCGAGAAAGAAAAAAUUAAUGAGAGAAGACGUUCGUUAUGUCUUGAAAUCAUCCCACAAGAAUAUCAACAAUUUGUCAAUAAUAUCUGGCCUGUGGUUAUUAUGAGUUUCCAAGCCUCGAUGGACUUUGAGAUUCGCAGAAAAAGCUUUACUGAUUUGUACAGAAUGGUACACUCCUUAUCGGGUGAUGAAUUGGUAAGUGUUGAUUCGAAAGAACCGAUUGGAACUUUGAUUGCUUCUGUUGUCACUCAGUAUAAAGAGUCUGUGUUGACUGAGAUGAACGAGAUGAAACCACCUUCAACAGGAUCAUGGGUGAAUUCUCAAUCUGGUUCCAAGAAUGACUCUCGUAAUCGUAUACCUGAGUCAAGAAGUAAUGAGGCAUUGUCUUCUUCGUCUUUGGUUUCUUCUGCAGUAGCCGAAGAUGAAAAUAUGAGUGAAAGUGGUAACGACAAUGAAGAUGAAAUGGACGCCGAAGGGGAGGAUGAAGAAGAAGAUGAAGAAGAUGAAGAUGAUGAAGAUGAAGAUGAUGAGGACGAGGAAGAGGAGGACGAGGAAGAGGAGGACGAAGAGCGAGAAGAAGAUGAUGAUAAUGAUGAACAAGUAAUAGGAUUUGGUGACAAUUACCAUCCUCGAAAGGAGACAUUAUAUAUCAAGAAUGCAUUACCAACAAUUCUGCUUUACUGCUCACUCAAAAUAAUGGAAAUUCUCAUUCUGAAAAACACCCAAGUAUUUGCCACGAAAUUUGAAAAAGAAGGAUUAAUGCUGGACAUUGACCAAAUUCUGACCGAGUUUAAAAGUUGGGGCAUAAAACCAGACGCGCAAGUGAACCCUAGUGAACAACAGCAAACUCCAAGAAGGUACAUUUCGAUGUCUGCGUAUUCAAACAAGUAUAUCGAUAUGGAAAUAACCAAAGAUUAUGUCAUGAACACAUUGUCUGCGAAUGACUCGUAUUCCAAAAUUGCACAAGCCGCAUCUAACAUUCAUCAACUUUAUACAAAUUUUACUUCAAUCAAUGAUUUGAGUUUAUCCAAGCACAUGAAAGACUUGAAGGAACUUAGCUCUGUACUAUCGGAUCCUAAAAACUACAAGACAUUUGGGUUCACAGAAUGGUCAACAAUCUGGCAAAAAUUGAAAACAAUUCUCGAUAGCAAUCUGUCUGAUAGAUCUUCUUCAUCUUAUUCAGGUGUUUCUAGCUUUGAGCUUCUGUCAUCUGGCUUGAUUGGUCUGCUCGCUAAUUUGUUUCUGGAGGACAAUUUACGUGAACAUGAUUUGGAACUCACCGAUAUGUAUAAAUCAUUCGUAUCACUGCUUUUCGGUGAUGACUAUGACGCGGUGACUACAUUGAUACACAAAUUGCAAGAGGCUUUGACAAGGGCAGAGUCAUUUGACAUUAUUUCAGCGGGUGCAUCAGGCCCAGUAAAUUCACACUCAGCCUAUGCACGCGAUGCAAGUAGAACUUCGCUAAUGGCGAAUCAAAUCAAGCUUCGAUUGAAAACAGAGGACGAUGGAAAUGAGGUUCUUGCAAAGUCGUUGCAGAAUAUGGUAUUAUCGGUACAUGCAAUUGCCACUUUCAAAUCAGUGCAAACUUUUAUACAACAAAGAUUGCGAUUUAUGGAAGAAUUUACAAAACCACUGGAAAGAGGGGUUCUGCAUGAUAAUGUCGAUGCAAGUGAUUCUUUAGUGGAUCAAAAGAGCAAGCAUGGUGAUUACAAUAUCGAGUUCUUAAUCAAUGGUGAGGUCAUCCCCAUUGAAACAACCAUUUAUGGAGCAAUACAUCGAGCCGUACAAAAAGAUAAACAUACCAAUCACCCUCAAAGUAAUAAGAUCUGGGGAGAUGUGCAUCUUGUUACAUUCCGCAAAGUUAGUGCUGAAGUGAGCAAUGACUCACAAAUCAACCAAUACAACUUUACGUAUGACGAACAUGAGCUCGAUGGCUACGACAAAUCUAUAGUUGAUGUUUUGAAAUUGUUGGAAGCAUUGUUCAAGAUGAAUACAUUAGUUGUAGAUAGUGGUAUUGGUAAAGGUAUUCCAACAAAGGAAUUCACAAAUUGGAAGUUGGCAGUAAAGUUGAAUCGACAAUUGGAAGAACCGUUGGUGGUCGCUAGCGGCACUCUCCCUGACUGGAGCUUGCACUUGACGAAACAUUUUGCAUUCAUUUUUCCGUUGGAAACAAGGGUUUUUUUCCUUCAAUCGACUUCGUUUGGCUAUUCUCGCCUCAUAUAUCAUUGGCAAUUACGAGGUGAACAGAGCCUUGAAAAUAAUUCUGAAGGGUCACAAAAUAGCCGCAACCUGCGGCCACAAUUGGGCAGGCCAACUAGGCACAAGGUUCGUAUAUCACGGAAUAUGAUGCUACAAAGUGCAAUCAAAGUGUUGGAACUUUACGGAUCAACGCCUGGCAUAUUGGAGAUUGAAUAUUUUGAUGAAGCUGGAUCAGGAUUGGGUCCUACUUUGGAGUUUUAUGCAACUGUUUCAAAGGAAUUCAUUCGCAAGAAGUUAAAGUUUUGGAGAGACCAAAGUCUUUCAAACUUUGGCUCUAAAAAAGGACUAGAACUGAAUGAUCCAUACAUCAUCAAUAGUAAUGGGCUUUUUCCAGCACCAAUGGAUAGAACACAAAUUCUGAGUGACAAUGGCAAGAAGAUUUUGUAUUUUUGUUCUUCGCUUGGGAAAUUUGUUGCUAGAGCUCUACUUGACUCUAGAAUUAUUGAUUUUAAUUUUAACCCAAUUUUUCUUAAACUCAUUCAGUUUUUGAACCGCAAAACUUUGCAAGCUCAUACUACACCAAAGCAAAGUAGAAAAUUUGCGACAUUGUCAAACCUUCACUUAGUUGAUCCCGAAUUGGCUAGAUCAUUAGAGCACCUUCAAAAAUAUAUAAAAGUAUAUGAAAGAACUCCAGCGUCACAAAAACGGGACCUUCGCAUUGACGAUGCAACAAUUGAGGAUUUAGGUCUUUACUUUGUCCUACCAGGCUAUCCGAACUACGAGUUGAUUCCAAAUGGCCGGGAAGUGCAAGUUGACCAUACGAAUUUGGAAGCUUAUAUCCAUAAGGUUGUUGAUGCAACCCUAUUCACUGGUGUAAUUUCCCAAACAAAAGCAUUUAUGGAGGGUUUUUCAAAGGUGUUUCCAAUCAACUCCCUUAUUAUAUUCUCUUAUAAAGAGUUGGUGGAGCUCUUCGGUAAUGCAGAAGAAGAUUGGUCAUUUGAUGCUUUGUCAUCGGCAAUAAAUGCAAAUCAUGGUUACAAUAAAGAAUCAGAAGGAAUCAAAAAUUUGAUCAGCGUGUUGGUUGAGUUUGACAAGGAAGAAAAGAGGCAGUUUUUACAGUUUUUAACUGGCUCACCCAGAUUACCUAUUGGUGGAUUCAAGAGUUUACGGCCUGAGCUAACCGUUGUGCGUAAGAUGGCUGAAGAUGGUUUGAAAGAUGAUGAUUACUUGCCCUCUGUGAUGACUUGUGCAAACUAUUUAAAGUUACCAAAUUACUCCAGUAAAGAUGUGAUGAAGCGCAAGUUAUUGCAGGCAAUCAGCGAAGGUGCCGGUGCAUUUUUAUUAUCAUAG